UUCUUUGGUUUCCACUCUAGCUCAAAGCAAUGAGAAUUGGGAAAGAAUGACAUAAACAAGGAAUCGUGGUUUUUCCAGAAAACACAGAACAACCUUAGUCCCUGUGCUCAAAACCGAUGAGGGCAAACAAUUCAAGGUCCGGUAACUACCGGAAUCCAUGUCUAACCAUGCAUCAACCUUGGGCUUCUCUUCUCGUCCACGGAAUCAAACGCAUCGAAGGAAGAUCAUGGCCUGCUCCAAUCACAGGUCGUCUUUGGAUUCAUGCUGCUGGUAAAGUCCCUGAUGAGUCUACUAUUCAAGCUAUGGAGUAUUUCUACAAGGAGAUUUAUGCUCUCAAUGGGAUCACUGAUAUCAAUUUUCCUCAACAUUAUCCAGUUUCUAGGCUAUUGGGUUGUGUUGAAGUGGUUGGUUGUUUAAAACGCGAGGAGCUAGCUUCAUGGGAGAUGGUUCCUGAAGGGGUGAGGCUGGAAGCACAAACUGAUUUUUGCUGGCUAUGUGAACAGCCACAGAAAUUGUUGAUUCCAUUUGAGAUGCGAGGAUACCAGGGUGUUUAUAACUUGGAAAGGAAGAUCUAUGAAGCUGCUGUUAGAGGUCUAUCUCCAGUUGAUAGUCCGUUGCCGGUGAAAUUUCCACUUCCAGAUCCACGUGAUCCAUUUUCGCUGAGGCCGGGUCGUAUCGCUGCCCUUACUCCUAAUUUAAAAGCAACUGAAGUGGACAAAUCAUCAAGUGUAAGUCUGGCCAUAGCUGGGGCACGAGCGGCGGCUACUCAGUACUCAAAGAAGAAUUACAAUUCCCAAAGCACUGGUUGGAACAACACACAUGAUAAAAUGAGCGCUAAUCAUGCAGAGACAGAAGUUACUAGGCCUUAUAGUUUACGAUCCGGUGGCAAGUCUAUUGAAAAGGGGAGUAUAUCAUCUACUGAGUUAAAUAACAAAUUUGUUGAUGGUGCCUUGCAAUCACAUCAUGAAGAGGAAAGCAGUAGGAACAAGAGUGAGGGAAGUAGUUCGCACAAUCAGUCCCGCGGUGCUGAUUCGAUACAACAUCAUCAGUCACAUGAUAAGCUCCUUAAUGAGGGAAGCCGUCAGCACCAUCAACCUCCUGUUACUGAAGCAGAUAUGAGGCAGUAUCCUCAACCAUCAUCUAAGGUUUUUGCUGCUGCUUUGAAAAGCUUGAAGCAAUGAUCGCGGAAGGAGCCUGACCUCUCUGAAUCGGCGGGUGAAUUUGUAACAUAAAUGAUGCAUAGUGUAACUUUUGAGGCUGAAAUAAAGCUUGAAAGUGGAUGCUGCUGGAAUGAAUUUAUUUCGAUGCUAGAGUCUGUAAACUAUUAAAAUUUAGGUCUUUUUAGGUGUCUGAGUGAUUGAGCUCAAUUUCUUGUAUCAUGAAGUAGAAGACUGCAGUCUGUAGAUAAUGGUUUAAUGGUUAUUGAUUGCAUCCAAGCAUGUGAACUCGCAUUGCAUAAUGUUAGGAAUGAAUAUUUGGUUGCAUGAUUCCAA